AUGCAAGAAUUGAUUCAAUCGGCACAAGUCAUCUUGCCAUGUUCACCAUUUGAUGAAACAUUAAAAUUCUUCACCAAUCGAUUGGGUUUUCAACUUGAUCUCAUUUCUCCAGCCGAUGAUCCAGCAAUCGCGGUACUUUCUGGAUAUGGACUCAAUUUACGACUGGAACGCAAUACUGGUGAAAUGACGCAAGCGACUAGUACAAUUCGUUUGCUCGUAAAAAAUGAUUCUGAACUAUUUCAGAAUGCCAUCACAGAAAUGUUUGCACCGAAUGGCACCAGAAUUCAAAUAGUGAAAGAGACAACUGAAUUGGUGAUGCCACCCAUCGAACAAUCAUUUGUUGUACGUAAAAUGGCUAUCGAUGCAGCAUGGGUCAAAGGACGUGCAGGAAUGAAUUAUCGUGAUUUGAUUCCUGGUCGACAAGGCGGACGCUUUAUCGCAUCGCAUAUUCAAAUUCCGACUGGAGGUCCAGUAGCUGACCAUGUACAUUAUCAUAAAAUUCGAUUUCAAAUGAUUUACGUCUAUCGAGGUUGGGUACGACUCGUCUACGAAGAUCAAGGACCUCCAUUCGUUCUUCAAGCAGGAGACUGUGUUUUGCAACCUCCUCUAAUUCGUCAUCGAGUGUUAGAAAGCUCGGCCGGUCUUGAAGUGAUUGAAGUCGUGUCUCCAGCAGCACAUGACACUUACAUUGAUCAUCACAUGCAGCUACCGAAUGGAGAGCAGCGGCCCGAUCGCGAUUAUGGAGGGCAACGCUUCCUUAAAUAUCUUGCAGCAGAUGAAACGGCUCGAUGGCAUCCGUGGCGUCUAUCUGGCCUCGAAUUCCGCGAUACUGGAAUCGGUUUGGCUACUGGAGAUCUAGCUGGUGUUCGGAUUGUUCGAAACAGCGGCGAUCUGAAAUCUCAAACUUUGCAACAUAAUGCUGAGUUUGUCUUUAUAUUUGUCCUUGCCGGCGAGCUUACACUAGAUGUCACUGGUCAUGGCUCUCAAAAGAUGACAAGCGGAGAUUCCUUCGUAAUACCAGAAAAAAUUUCAUAUAAUAUCAGCGAAUGCUCAAAAAAUCUACAAUUUCUAGAAGUAUCACUUCCUGGAACUGUUAAUUUUGUUUGCGAAUAA